UCGGUCUGCUAGGUGGGCCCACUGUUUUCCACAGCGAUAUCGCGAAUCUUUCGGUUUUUAACUAUAUAUUUAAAAAUAUAUAUAUGCGCUUAUUCCAUUUCUUAUUGGGUGCCUGAAGAAGAGAGAAAAUGCACCGAGAAAGUGGCUUCGGCGCGGCGCCUCCGAGGGAGAGUAUAUGAGCAGCACCUGAUGUGUAACGAGAAUCUGCACGGGCAGAGUUACUUUUUGGCGUAAACAGUUACUCAUUGAUGUACAUAGUUACUUUUUGGCGUAGAUUGUUACGUUUUGGUAUAAAUAGUUACUUGUCGAGCUCGGGUUUCUCCUGCUUCCCCCAUCAACAAGUCGGCGGUCAUGAGCGAGGGGGUGUCCGAUGUUCCUGCGGAUCUGCUCGAAAGCGUUAAGGAUGCCGUGGGUCGGAAGACCAGGCUGAUCUUGAAGAAGAAGGUAAAACUGGAGGCAAAAGGUGACAAGUUGGAGAACAAGAUUCUGGCUUUGUCCUUCCAUCGGAUCUACCUUCUGAGCACCCGUCUCCCCAGCAAGGUCGAGCAGACCUUUAAUUAUCUGGAGCUCCAGGGAAUCACGAGUAACAAGCCUGUGCAGCUGCUGCUGGAGUUUGACAGGGGCCUUGUAUCUCUGAAGUUGGCCUCCUCCGAGGACGUGGAUGAGGUUCUGGCUCACGUCGGUGUCCGUCUGCAGGAGAUCUGCAUGUCCCCUGCGAGGAUGAUGAAGAAGCUGUCUGUGGAGCCGCCCGAGCGGAUGUCCCACCUGCAGGCCCUGUGGGAGAAUGUUCCGGAACCCGGACCUUGUGGGGGCUUUUCCCAGACCUACAAGUGUGUUUGUGACUGGCUGGGGCUUCCUUACAGAGAUGAGGUGCAGUGGGAUGUGGACACAAUCUAUUUGACUCAAGACACAAGGGAGCUCAACUUACAAGACUUCAUUCAUCUUGAAAACAGAGACCUAGUGGCCAUCCUUGCCGUCCUUGAAUACAACCAGUGGUUCACGAAGCUCUCGAUAAAGGAUUACAAGCUGUCUACAGAUGUGUGUGAGCAGAUUCUCCGUGUGGUGUCUCGCUCAUCUCGCCUGGAGGAGCUUGUCCUGGACAACGCCGGGCUCAAAAUCGAUUUCGCACAGAAGUUGGCCAGUGCCCUGGCCUUGAACCCCAACUCCACACUUCACACCAUCAUCCUGGCCAACAACUCCUUGGAGGACAGAGGAAUUGCUGCCCUGACCUCGCAGUUUGCCAAAAUGCGAGCAGGACUCAGGCAUCUCAAUCUCUCCAAGACCUCGCUAUCACCUAAAGGAGUAAACCACCUUGCCCAGUCACUCAGUGCUAGCCAGGUUAUUCCCAGCACGCUGACCCACCUGGACCUGUCUGGGAAUGUCCUUCGAGGGGACGACCUCCAAAAUCUGUACAACUUCCUAAGCCAGCCAAACAAUCUGGUCAUGUUGGAUCUCUCUAACACCGACUGCUCCCUCGAUCAGGUGUGCGCUUCUUUGCUGCGGGGCUCCGUACAACACCUGUCUGUACUCAACAUGUCAAAGAGUAUCUUUCCUCACCGGAAGGGCAGAGAGAUCCCUCCCUCUUUCAAGCAGUUCUUCAGCAGCGCUCUGGUCCUGAGUAGUGUCAACGUGUCGGGAACCAAACUCCCCCUGGAAGCACUUAAGGCUCUCCUGCUGGGCAUUGCCUGCAACCCUAAUCUGAAGGACGUCUCUCUGGACCUCAGCUCCUGUGAGCUGAGGUCUGGGGGCUCUCAGAUCCUAGAGGGCUGCAUUGCAGAGAUCCCCAACAUCUCUAGCUUGGAUAUCUCUGACAACGGUCUGGACUCUGACUUGACUACCCUUCUUGUUUGGCUUGCCAAAAAUCAGUCUAUCCGCCACCUGGCCCUGGGGAAGAACUUUAACAACAUCAAAUCAAAAAACUUGGCACCUGUCUUGGACAACUUGGUGCACAUGAUACAGGAGGAGGAGUCGCCCCUCACGUCGCUCUCAUUGGCUGACUCCAAGUUGAAGAGUGACCUGACCAUCGUUCUGAAUGCCCUGGGCAGCAACACUUCCCUCACCAAGGUGGAUAUCAGCGGAAAUGGGAUGGGUGACAUGGGGGCCAAGAUGCUGGCCAAAGCCCUGCAGAUCAACACCAAACUCAGGACGGUCAUUUGGGACAGGAACAACGUGAGCCCUCAAGGUCUGCAGGAUGUGGCAGCUGCUCUGGAAAAGAACUUCACCAUCCGCUUCAUGCCCAUCCCCAUCAUUGAUGCCUCCCAGGCCCUCAAAGCCAACCCAGAGAAGACAGAGGAUGCAUUGCUGAGGAUGGAAAGCUACUUGUUCCGGAAUCACGAGACCCGCAAGUACCUACAGGGGCAGGCAUACCGACUUCAGCAGGGUAUUGUCACAACGACCACCCAACAGGUCAUAGACAGGGUCUGUGUCAAAGUUCAGGACCACCUCAACUCCCUGAGGUACACAGAGAAAGAUGCCAUUCAGGAGGACAUGAAGAUGGCCGAGAACGUCAUAAAGGAUGCUCGAAACUCCAAACGACUUUUGCCCAACCUAUACCACCUUGGUGCCACCUCCCGUGAGGACGUCAAUGGCUCCUUCGCUGGCCCCAUUCAUGCCAAGCUGGAGUCUAUGGCUGGGGAAGUGACCGAUGUCAUGGAUGAGCAGCUACAGACCAUGCUCAAGUCCAUGGUGGAUGCAGCAGAAGCACUAUGUCCCUGCGUGAUGAAGAAGUCCCACUUGCGGCAGGAGCUGAUCAAGGCUGGUGCUGGCAGGAUGGUAGUCCCCCGCAGUUUUGUCAAAGCCACUCUGCUGGAGCAGUCUGGUGUGGAUAUCAUCAACAAGAUCAGCGAUGUGAAGCUCACCAUGGCCUCCUUCCUCUCUGAUCGCAUUGUUGAUGAGGUUUUGGAGUCUCUCUCCAGAUCCCAGCAUAUUCUGGCAGAGCACCUGGCCAGGAAGGGAAAGCCACUGCAGCAACAGGAAUCCCUAGAGGCGGAGCUCCAAGAGGAGGUGGCCCCUGUGAUAGCCAAUCAGGAGCCUGUGGAGGUGGAGAGACUGGAAGAUAUGGACACAUGCAUGAUGACGCCCAUUUCUAAGAGGAAGAGUAUCCACAGCAGAAUGCUGCGGCCAGUCUCCAGGGCCUUCGAGAUGGAGUUUGACCUGGAUAAGGCCCUAGAAGAUGUGCCCAUUCAUAUCGAGGACCCACCCCUGCCACCCAGGGUGGAGACGCCACCUCCUCCGCCCACAGUGGAAACACCUCCCCCAGAGGUGAUGGAGGAGCUACCUUCAGAGGAGGCUAGCAAGCUGGAGCACUACACAAAGCUCCGGCCCAAGAGGAACAAGAAGAUGAAGUCCAGCAGUAUGCCGAACCCGAUCUCCUUUCAGCUGACGAACAGCAGUCCCUCGCAGGAGGAUGAGCAGAUCAAUCCCGCGGCAAGGGUGGAUGAGGGCAUCGAUGAGUUCUUCUCUAAGAAAAUCACUAAGAUGGGAUCUAAGCGGUCGUCUCUUAAGAGCUCCAGCUCCCAGGAGCGGGACACGAAACGGGAAUCUCGGAAGAGCGGGUUCCUCAACCUCAUCAUGUCCCGCUCCUCCAAGCACGACAAGGGCCAGCCGGCCCCUGCUGCGCCGGGGCCUGUAGCAACAGAGGAGCCGUUGUCCCCCAGGUCCGAGCCGGCGAAGGUCACUGAGCCCAAGGCCCCUCCCAUCGAGCAAGGCAGAGCGGUGGAUCACCCUGAGGAACUGAAGGUUCCUGAUUCCGUGGAUCAUCACCUGGAGGGAGAAGGGAAGGCCAGCCCCAUGGGAGGCCGCCGGUGUAGGAUUCAGGUGAUGGGCACCGGCCUCCUGGCUGAAAUGAAGGCCAAGCAGGAGAAGAGGGCAGCUGGAGCCCACAAGAUGGUCAACUCCCCUGCCUGUGCCGAGAAGCCCACAGGCAGUGACCCAGGGCGCCCAGCUCCACCCGACAGCAGGCCGCUGGGGGUCCCUAAAGGAGAGACUGUGACGGGCCCCUCAGAGAGGCCCCCCAUGAGCGACGGGAAGCCGGAGGCUGCACCCAGGAGCCGUAAUCCUUCCUGUAACCUCUCCCCUGUCAGCCCCAAGCCCCCGCCACUGACUAGCAAGCCCUCCCUAAUCAACAGGCCCUCUGUGCCUCAGAAACCUCGAACCAGCAGCAGCCGCAGCAUAGACGAACAUCCCGAGACUACCAGUGGGAAUGCGUGUCCAAAGGCGUCAGUGCUGCCGUACGGCCCAAAGAGGGCGCCCUCGGACAGUGAGAAGGAGUGCCCAAGCAGCCUUCCCUUGUCUGUUCUGGAAGCAGCAGAGCCCCUUGGAGAUGGGAGCCCAUUUGACUCUGACCCAGAAGCGGAGCGGCCUGCCGCCACUGUGAAGCUCGCGUCUCUGCGGCAGUGCUCCGCUAGUGCUGCCGAGGAAGUGGACGAGCAAGAGCGCAGGAAGUCCCUCCCCCGACACGAGCGACCAGCCUCCAUAGCAGAUGCUACUGUCCACCUGAGUGGGGGAUCCCUCAGCACUGAGGAUGGAGGCCCCAGGACCAAGGACAGAGACAAGAACCAAGCAAGCGAGUCUGCAGAAGCUGCGGAGGAGCCUGUGAAAGACAUUUUAACAUAAAAAUAAAGACUGACGUGUCAGACACAAAUGCAUACUGCCACCUCUUUGGUUGUUCAGAAACGCACGGACAGAGCCAGUGUUUUCUGGAAGGCUGUUUCUCCAAGUCCUUCCUACGAUUUCCUGACAUGUACCAAACCCCUCAUGACCGUGUCUCCUGAAAAGAAAAGCAGGUUUACGGGCAGCUGUGCUUAUGAAAGUUUAAUGACUUCCUGGCCCAAAACCACGCUAUCAGUGUUUUUGUUACCGUUUCGAAAUGCGUUUUUUUUUUUUUUUUUUAGGGUCUGGUCAUGUUAGGGUAACUUUGUGGUCGUGUUGCAGUCUUUCUAUGAAAACGCUACCAGGCCCGUAAUGCAAGGUCAAUAUUAACUGGUUUCCUUUCAAAAAAGUGAUCAGUCACGUUCCCAGAUGAUCAAAGUGCAGACUGCAAAUUAAUCUUAAAAAAUCUGUUUCCUCUGAGCAGCUGAAAUAAAUUCGGCUUCACUGUCUUUCCCAAAAUUGCUUUUAUUUGUAGUUUAGUUUGUGAAUGUUUUCUGGGGGAGGAAUUAGGGACAGUGUCUCUCGUGUAGUUCUGUGUGUGACAUGUGCGUUUGUGUCAGCGUGUCUGUCCAUAGAUUCUCCUGUGUCUGAAAAGUGACAUGUAUGUGAUAUGUAAUAUAUAAGUACUUAUUCUAUACCAAAUACCUACUAUACUUUUAUAUAAGAGCACGAUAUUAAAGCAAGGUGUUUUAUAAUUUGUCAAGAAAUAUAUUUCGUAUAUAACUAUCAAACAAAUGUACCUUCAAGGUGCCCACUGAAUGUGGAGGGAUAAAUGUACAUUUUAUUAAUAAAAUCAUGUGUAAAAGUUGGUUUGAAA